AUGGCAGGGCUGCAGAGAUCUUCACAGACAUUCAGGAGGUCUGGUUCAUCAGGCUUGGUCUGGGAUGAGAUGCUCAUGUCAGGGGAUAGCAACCAGAGGGACCAAAGGACCUCAGGGGAACCAGAGGAUGAAGCCGUGGAGUUCAAGGAGCUAAGGCACUCCCGUAGUGUUGGGUCUAUUGGGCUGCAGCGCAGGCGCAACGAUGGCGUGGAUCACAGCCGGUGGAACAACAACAACCAGGGCUUCCAUACUCGACGUGUACCCCCAGCUCUAGACCCACCUUCACCCAAAGUUCCUGGUUGCAUCUUCUGUGGAAUUUUCAGGAAGGCAGGAGCUUCAGAGCCAUCUAAGCCCAGAAGGUACUAG